CGCGAGGCGGGGACACCGUCGCUCUCCGGCCCAUGCCGGGCCUCCGAGCUCCGCGAAGGAGGCGGGACCUUCCGCGGCGGGACAGGCUCUCUCAGGACUGCUCGGCCAGCCCAGGCUCCGCUCGCCGCACCUGCCCCCAGAACCAUGGAGAGUCUGAGUGAACUGCAGAACCCGCUGCUGCCCGGGAGCCCCGCCCACCUCCACAGCCCCUAUCCCUACGCGGAGGCUGCGCCCAGCUGGUCCUGCCAGGAGAAGCUCUACUCCUACCUCCUGGGUGGUGCCGGCCCUGGUCGCGCCCACCAGCUCCUGGACCCCGGGUCCCUGCAGCUGGCCGUGGAGGCCUGGUACCGACCCAGCUGCCUCCUGGGGAGGGACAAGGCCAAGGAACCCAGGACAGGCAGCUGUGAGACCAGCUUCACAGAGAACAGGGAGUCUCAGGUGGAGCCCACGGAGCGACCCACAGAACCUGGCCGCGCUGAAGAGGAUGUCGCCAUCCAGACUGUGUCCUACGGAGUUCAAGAGGAGCUGCAGGGCCAGGAAGAUGACCAGGAGGAGGAUGAGAGUGAUGCCACGUCGACAGAGAGUGAAAGUGAAGACAACUUCCUCACGCUGCCUCCUAGGGACCACCUGGGCCUCACGCUCUUCUCCAUGCUCUGCUGCUUCUGGCCACUGGGCAUCGCUGCCUUCUACUUCUCCCAGGGGACCAGCAAGGCCAUCUCCAAAGGGGACUUCCGGCUGGCCAGCACCACCUCCCGCCGGGCUCUCUUCCUGGCCACACUCUCCAUUGCCGUGGGUGCUGGUCUCUAUGUGGCCGUGGUGGUGGCUCUGGCAGCUUACAUGUCGCAGAAUGGCCACAGCUAGCAGCAAGGAGGACCUGCAUCCUGACUGCCCUGGCCUAUCUGAGGAAGCAGGGGCCUGGGGUUGCAGACUCUAGGAGAGCCCUGGCCUGCAAAGAGAUCCCGUGGGAGUGACCUGAAGUGGGAGGCCCCCAUGUCUGCAGCCCGCAGAGCUCAAGCUUCACUUUUGCUCACACUCUGCUUCUGGCCCAGAGCAGGGCCAGGAACACCACUUGCCAACAGGCUGCAGGUGGGAAGCAGGAGAGGGCAGGGCUGCCCACCAGGCCAUCCCCUAGAGAGUCUCCUCCUCUGCAGGCAACCCACUGCCCACUCUGCUGACCUCCCGGUAGAGAAAGAACAGGAGACUACAGGAAAAGAAAGGGGUACCUGGGGGAGAGAGCGCCUGUCCCAGGCCUUUCAGCCCACAGAGUCUUCACCUGGGGACAAUCUGGGCUUCCCCAGCUCCACUCUCUGGUCCCUUAAUGCCCAGACCCUUGUAGUCAGCCAGGAAGGAAACACAUAGAGACGCAGGGGCCCCUGCGCCUUCUGAUUCUGGGGAACGCUCAUCUGCCCUAUGUGCUGGUCAGGCACUGCAGAUCCUAGUAGGGACGAGGGUCCUGGAGUGGAAGCUCUCAUCUAAGGGCAGGUCCUUGGAGCUUCCUAUGCAAAGGCAAAAGGCAGGUGCAAUCACAAGGAGACUGGAGGGCCCCGAAAUAUUGCUGGACCGCACAGGCCUCCCCACUGUGCCCCUGUUCCCAGCUCUCCUUAUCUUUUUCUGGGCUCUGCUGGGAGUCCCUGAGCGUGUGUUAUCCCAGGAAAACUGAGCAGGAGUACCAUCAGCCUACCAGCCACUGAGCACAGGACCUAGAGCCAGCCCUGUAGGAUAUGCAGAGCCUCUGGGGAGUAGUGAAUGUAAUGGGGAGAGGCCAAAACUGCUCAGGAGGGCUUUCUGGAGGAGGUGUCCCUGGAGCAAGGCCUAGAAGAACGAAUAGAAUUUCUCUACGGAAUUUGUUUUGAUGAAACUUCUUGCAUGUAUGGUUAGAGGAGUGGCAGAAGCCUCCCAUGGAAGGUUUCCAAGCUGUUUGGAUUCUGCCUGGAAAUUUGGGGACUAGAGCCAAACCUCAGUCAUUUCUGAGGGCUCCACCAACUCAAGAAGGAAGAUCAGGCCUGUCUCUCAACACUGGUGAUGUCUCCCUGCCCCUGAAUGCUGGAGGGUGGGGUGGGCCCCUGGCCAGCCUUGAGCCAUCUUCACUGACACCCCGUACUUAGGACUGCCCCCAACACCCAGUCAGGGAAACAUCAGUCUGAGAGAUAUGCGGACAGGCGGAGGCAGCACUGCAGGGCCCCACUGUGCACGAGGCAGGAAGGGGGUCGUCCCUGCGCCCCAUCCUGAGCCUGGGGCCAUGGCUCUACCUCUGUCUGUCCCUGUCCCAUCGUCCUCCCCACCCUCCACCCCCUGCAGCAUCAGCAGUUUUAAUGUCCCAUUACUGGAUUUACUUACCCUUAUAAUAAAGGUUUCAGUAAC